CGAGACGCAGGCAUCGGUCAGAGAAAGUCCGGGGCAGCUGUGAGUGUAUCACAACCAUUUGCUAGACCACAUCUAUACACAUCCUUGUGGUAAAGUUAGCGGCGCCGACUUCGGGCUGGUCCAUUCAUCUGACACCAUCGUUCCUCAGUCAUUCUCACCAAUCUUAAUACCAACCCGACAAUUGCGACUACCGAGCCUAUGGACCAUCAGCGAAUGAGCGAUUGGCAAAUGCAGCCCUGGAAUGAGGACACUAUUGACCCUUCGUGGUUCUCCAACUUCCUAGCCACCGAUCCUGGCCAGGAUGCGCCUAAUGCUGCAUCUGGUGCGCCUGCCGCAUUCAGCGUUGACGACGACUUGGCAAUCGACCCGAACUUCCACGACUUUACGUUCGAAAACAUAUCACAACCAAUGAGCACUGUGACUUCUCCAAGUCAUCCGUUUGAUGCAUUCCAAUUGAAUGAGACUCACGGACGCCCACUGGUGCAACGACAACACACACUUCCACGUCGUCGAAGCAAGUACUUUAAGCGCAGAUCGACUGGAACCGCAAGUCCGAUAGCCAUACCUGGUGGAAGUCCCCGACACGAAGAAGGACAGUCGCUGGCUAUUCAGCGGUGGCGGAAUUCGCCGCCUGAAGACGAGGCUGCAUCUCUAUCGGCUAUCUACCAUGCUUUGGAAGACAGACCGGUAGGUGCUUCACCACGCAUUAGCCGACCCUCUAGUAGCGACGCCUUUCGCAAAUAUCGGGGCCCCUCGUCAACGACUAGUCUCGACAGCGCUGCCAGCGAAUCUUCAUUGCGAUCCGUGAACUCGAGCCACUCCGCCACGUCACAGUCGAAGCGUCGCAGUCAGGCCACUAAAACCCGGAAGGGCAGAGUAAGAGGCACCAAAAUGAACGACCCAGAGCGUAUCUUCAAAUGUACAUUCUGCUGCGAUACGUUCAAGCACAAGUACGACUGGACACGCCAUGAAAAGUCUUUGCAUUUAAACCUCGAAAGUUGGAUGUGUACGCCGCACGGGGCUUCUGUGGUACUACCUCUAACCGGCAGAGUACAUUGUGCAUACUGUAGUGCACUAGACCCGACGCCCCAGCAUCUGCAGCAACACAAUCAUGCGGCAUGUACCGAUGGUAACAAUACUCCGCGUGUCUUUCAUCGAAAAGAUCACCUUACCCAACACCUUCGCCUAGUACAUGGAGUCGAAACGCUACCUCUGAUUGACGACUGGAAGCUUGAGACUUUGCCAGUAAAAUCUCGAUGCGGCAUUUGCGAUGCGAAUCUGAACAGCUGGGACGAGCGAUCAGACCAUCUGGCAGCUCAUUUUCGUGAAGGCAAGACUAUGGCCGAUUGGAAAGGCGAGCACUGCUUUGAGCCCGAUGUGGCGGCUCGUGUCAUCAAUGCAUUUCCACCCUAUCUUCUUGCCGAACAAGCCAAUACCGUCGUGCCUUUCUCAGCAACUAACCCUGGAUCUAUCGACCACACAAAGCAAUUAAUCUCACGCAUCCAACUUGAAGAGCCAGCACAAGAGCCUCCGGCAGCAGAAACCACACAUACGCCUGAUCAACAAGCCUUUGAAGACUCCUUGACGGCUCUUCGAGAAUUGUCAACACAACAUGAUCACGACUUUGCUACUGUUCUUACACGCCAUCUUAGUCGCUUCGCAAGACAGCAGAUGUUAUCAGGAAUUAUUCCAACGGAUGAGAUGUUUCAACGCGAAUCGCGAAGAUUGUUGUAUCAGGAUCCGGACGAUGGGUGGAACCAAACAGUAGCUGACAAUGCCAAUUGGCUACAGGACUUUCGUCGUCGUAGUGGGCUUGAGGGGAGUCCUAACACAUGAUGAUAGUGCAACUCUGCCGUAGCUUUAAAGUGUCUUUCCAAGUCCUCUCGGCAAUCUAUCCAUACUAUCCUCUAUCUUUGCAAGAACUUGGCCGUCUAUCGUCAAACAAUACCACCCUGCAAAGUUACUCGGUCCUUGAGAUAUGAUAGAUUGAUGCUGCUUAUCUGCCCAGCUCUUCCGAAGAACUGCAACGCGCGCUUACCUGUCCAAAUUGGAUUUUCAUCGCCUAGUUCGAGAGUUAGCUGGUCUGUUCUAACUCGAGAUGCAAAUAGAACCCAGAUCGGAUCUUGAUAGACCAUGAAAAGAAGUUUCUCACCAAUCCAAUGUCCAGCCUUUGGAAUCGCCUCAGCAACGAAAUCAUCACUUAUCUGCGACCAUAUUUCUUCUAAUAGCGUCACAGGAGAAAAACUUGCUUCGCCUCCCAAUACCAGCAAUG